AUCCACAACUGGUCACAACUCUGAAAGUACUUGUUCUUCUGCUCACUCCUCUUCCUCUUCCCUCAUUCUCCGCAUACCAUUCAUUUUCAAGGACACUAUUGAGCUCGACGAUCCAAAGCGAGACAUUGCAACUUGCUAGCCGGAAGUGUGCAUGUCCUGUAGACUGCUGUCGAACAAAGCAUGAGCGCGCCAUCUGUAUCUUCCGCUCGAAGCCAUGACAGCGGCUUAGAUUCUUUGUAUCAAGUCCGUCUCCUGUCAGCUCUUCGUAGCGGUGAUCCCGCAAGAAUCCACCCAUUUCUCUCGGACAUUGGAAAGGACAGACGGAGUUCCAGCGAAAGCGACGUCGACAUUGGUGCUGCAGCUUUACAUCUUGCUAUUCGUUGCGCUUCAUGUGAUACCAUCUCCCUCCUUCUCUCUCAUAGGUCUAUUUCGCCAAAUGCCGUCCACCCACCAGGUUCAGGCACGACAACAUUACAUCUCGCCGCUUCGCUUGGGCGGGCAGAUGUUGUCAGUCUGCUCCUUGAGCAAGAGGGAAUAGAUGAUACACUGCGUGACAAGCAGGGCAGGACCUGUUUGGAUGUAGCCAAGGGCAAAGAAACUAUUCGGGCAAUCAAAGAUUCUCGAGCAUUCCUUACUGCCUCAUUCCGCUCGUUACUACGAGCAUACAUCCUUUCGCCAUCUACAGAACGCAUGCCCGAAGCUCUUAUCAAACUACUCUCCUCUCCAAGAGCCCGUUUAGUCGAUCUCUCAUAUUUAGACGACACGUCUGGUACGACUCUAUUGCAUCAAGCUGCAAAGCGGAAAGACCUUGGGGCAAUAGAGCUCGCUAUUCGCGCGGGGGCGGACGUGUUCGUCCGGGAUCGUCGGGGUCGGACUGUGAUUGAGAGCGUCGGCAAGGACGAUCGUGUCAAGGUCUUCUUGAAACAAUUUGCCAAUCAAGACUCCACUCUGAUUGAGCCGCCUUCUACGGAGCCCCCAGAGCAUAGAGGGUACUUGAACAAGUACACAAAUGUUGCAAAAGGUUAUAAUACCCGGUGGUUUGUUCUCAAGAAUGGAGCGCUUUCAUAUUACCGUCAUCAGGAAGACGAGGGCGUGGCAUGUAGAGGUUCGAUCGCGAUGAAGACUGCGAUUCUCAAACCCACCCCCGGAAGCGGGGGUCUACGCUUCGAGGUUCAUUCCACACCUACUCGGGGUACACACGGCUCACAGAAAUGGUACAUGAAAGCGAACCACCCUGUAGAGGCAUCUCGUUGGAUUCAAGCUUUAACCAAAAGCAUCGAGUGGGCUCGGCGUGAAGCGGAGAAGGAGCGUCAAAGUGUCGAAAGUGAUGCUCAGAGUAUGAAACCUCCGUCAUACAGAGCACAGGCUUCGAGCUCCAGGACCUCUUCUAGGAAGAGCGAUGGAAAUGGGUUGGUAUCGGGUGCAAGCUCCAUGGCGGAUGAUGAUGAGGCGAAAUCUUCGAAUGAGUCUCCUCGCAUGGAGGAAGAUCAUGGUAAAGAUACCGAAGAGUCGUCUGUCUCAGAGUCUGAGCGGGCACCACCUUACAACGGCUCAUUUGAGCUUCAAGGCAACUCCGCCGUCGCCCAGGUCGAACUUACCUCCCAGUUACUCGCCAGUUUCUUGGACAGCCCCACACGGCCAACAGAGGACAUGAAGCAAGCGAUCAAGGACUCUUUCAUUACUGCUCAAAACAUGCUGUCCGAAUAUGUUGGCAUGGUCAAGGAGCGAGAAGAUUGGUGGAAAGAAAAGCUCAAACGUGAACACGACAGGCAGGACGUCUGGGAAGAGAGUUUACGCACAGUCGUCAAGGAGGGUCAAGAGCUUGAAGACGAACUCCGUAUCAGAGCUCGUCGGCGAAGUCGCCUAGCUGAUUCGAGUUAUUUCACUGCCCCUUCGGAGUUUGGCACACUCAGGACUAGACCCUCGCAACUACCGAUAGCUUCUCCCGGUACGAUGGAAGAGCACGAAGGAGCAGGUCAACCAGAAGCAGUGGAGGAUACGUCUGCUGUUGUAUCCGAGACAGUCCGUCGACUGUCAUUGUCCCGUCGACCGGCUGUGGCUUCUCCUACCGGUACUAUCGUACCUGCUCGUCCUCUUUCACUCAUGAUAGCAGCCUCUCCUACUGCCGAUCGGGAAUCCUUGGUGGACACUGAUGAGGAGGACGAGUUUUUCGACGCCAUCGAGUCGAAUGCUCUUCCGUUGAUUGUACCGGAAUCUUUGACUGCUCGUCCGCCCAGUGAGCUCCCGUUGGCACUCUCUAAAGAACAAUUCAUAGGGUAUGUAAGACUGCGAGAACGGCUUGCCAUUACUAGUGAUAAUCGACCGCCGAUGAGUUUGUGGGCUGUCUUAAAGAACAGUAUCGGAAAGGACUUGACGAAGAUCUCGUUCCCUGUCUUUUUCAAUGAGCCUACGAGCAUGUUGCAGCGCAUGGCGGAGGAUAUGGAAUUCUCUGAAUGUCUUGAUGCUGCUGCAAUGGAACAAGAUCCGCAUCGUCGGAUAGCGUUCGUCGCAGCAUUUGCGAUGUCCAAUUACUCCUCCACUAUCGGCCGUAUUGCGAAGCCUUUCAACCCAAUGCUCGCCGAAACCUUCGAAUACGUCCGGAUCGACAAAGAAUAUCGAUAUGUCUCUGAACAAGUCAGCCAUCACCCGCCGAUUUCUGCCUGCUGGGCCGAGUCACCCAAAUGGCACUAUUAUGGAGAGGUUGACGCUCAAAACAAAUUCAUGGGCAAGUCUUUUGAGAUCCGGCCUACCGGCGUUGCACAUGCAGAUUUGCUCCUACCGGAGGAUUGGGCUCCGUCGUAUCCGAGAUACAAGAGCAAUGUUUUCAAGAGCAAGGUCGUUGAACAUUAUAGUUGGAAGAAAGUCACAACGAACAUUUCUGGCUUCAUCUUGGGUUCCCCCACUAUCGAUCAUUAUGGAGACAUGGUGAUUACAAACCACCGCACUGGGGACCAAUGCGUCUUAACAUUCAAGCCUAGAGGAUGGCGAGGACGCGAUGCAUACGAGAUAUCUGGCUAUGUAACGGACGCCGAAGGGUCAGUCACAUACGAAAUCGCUGGUCGAUGGAAUAGUCAGCUCGUCGCACGCGCAGUGGGCACCGGUAUCGGGUGUCUUCAUCCUGAUGUGUCAGUCCAGUCUCUUCCCGACUCGCCCACAUCACCUACGCCACCGCCUGAGUAUAUUCUGCUUUGGAGAAACUCAGAGAAACCGCCCGCGCCCUUUAACCUCACACCAUUUGCUAUCACACUGAAUGACUGCCCGGAGCAUACCCUCCGGCCUUAUGUAGCUCCCACGGAUUGUCGACUUCGUCCGGAUCAACGAGCAUUCGAACUCGGCAGAUACGAGCGUGCAAAUGACCUGAAGAACAAACAAGAAGAAUUCCAACGUGCCACGAGGCGUGCGCGUGAAGAAGGUCGUUUGCCUCCCCACAGACCCAGAUGGUUCUCAGCAGAAACGGAACCAGAUACCGGAGAACGCGUCUGGUCUCCUGCGCGUGUCGCAGAAAACAAACUAGAGUAUUGGGCAGAACGGGAGAAGAUCUGGAAAGCGAAGAGAUUCGGGCAGGAUGCAUUUUGGAAGGCCGUAGAACGGAUAUUUAUUGAGGAUAACCCAUAGGUAAUGGUGGUAAGCAACAACUCUAUAAUUCUAUUGAAAGUGUAUCGUCUAGCUUUUGUACCAGUUACAGUCAUCGUCUACAUGUCGGAACUCUAGGAUUAUAGCCUAUAUUAUCGUACAAGCUCUUCAGAGCAUGCAUGUCGGCGUUGUUUGGCGGAGGAAUGUCAGAAGAUGAGGUUGAUGGAGAAUGCAGCGGAAAUAUGUUCAGCGCUUCCUGUACCAGAGUAUACCUGCGUGAGGUACACUUGGGUGGUCGCAGUGGGCAGACAUGAGAAAAAUCUUCAUAUACGGUGUCAGAUGCAAACACGUAUAUGGAGCACAGUUAGAUACGCACAUGCAAACGAAUCGAAGUACAGUAUCCGUUGGAUCGAUAACACCGGCUUUUGUCAAUCCCUGGCAGAUGAGGACUCCCAAGAUUGGCGUGAUAAUCAGCUUUCCGACUGCCAAAGACAUGAUGGCACCCAAUGGAAGUGUUCUCCACUGAUUCAUCGGAACUUUCAACCUAGCCAACGCGGCACCUAGGCAUAUCAAGCCUAAAGGCACUGCUGCUGCUCCAAUGAAGGCAGCAGCAUCUUGGAUGAAGGCUAAUGGGGGUUGCCCAUCGGGUGCGUUUGGAAUUGGGGAGUUGGAAACGGGAACAAAGAGGGCUUUGAGCGGUGUUAUGAGUGCGACUGGGAAUGCGAUGAUGAUGGAUAUAGAAGGUGGGUUUAUGAGGGAAGAUAGAAAGGCACGAAGACGUUUGUUUUUGGCAGGGCGGGAUGAGCCAGACGUAUUUGUGACGUCAGUUGCAGAGUUAUCCUUGUUGUCUGUAUGUUCAACUUCUACCUGG